CUGUACCACCAACCCUGUAAAGUGUAAUCAAUGCUAUGUACUGCAAAUUUACAAUUAUUAAUUAUAACAUUAUGACCAUGUUUGCGCUUGGAUCAACUGAGCAUAUAAAAAAGAAUAACAAGGAAAAGUAAUUUAUCUAUUAAAUGUUCCUGGAGAAAAGAAGAGAAAUGGCGGAGGAGUCUGUAUUUUACGGGACUUGGAGGAUUGUCGAGUGUGUUUCUCUUUCCGGAACCGUGGAGACAACGGGGUUUGAAGGCACCGACUUUCGGCUGGACGAGACAGGAGACGUGACAUGGACGGUCGCGGAUGGCGUUGAAUCGCUGCCCUUCUUCGGCUGUGAGACUUAUGAAGUCUGUGCAGCGAGAAAGUCGAGCCCUCUUGACCUUGGGCAUCCAACUGUGCUGAAGUUUCGGACGUUUUCUGGUCACAACAUCGAAUUCAGAGUGGAGAUAUCUGAUCAUGAUGACCUCAUGCUGCUCACGUAUGACAGAUGUUGCAUGCUACAGUGCCAAAAGGUUGCGAGUAACGACACCAAAAAUGAAUUCACAUUCUCAUUUCUAAGCGCGCUAGAUGAAGGAUACUUCUCUGAUCUAGUCAUUAGAGCAGACUCUGGGAAGGAGUAUCGUGUUCAUCGGACUAUUCUGAGAUUGGCCAAUUCUCAGCUGGACUGGAAUCGGUUUCCGUCUCCACUGACAGGUUUGCCCGAGGACGUACUACAACUAGUGCUGCACUACCUCUAUGCAGAAUGCCUCCCCAACGGGCUCACCGAGGGCGUGGCCAAAUCCUGUGUGAUGCAUGUUGGCAAGAUGCCAGGAUUCGACCGGCUCACCAUGCUGUGUGAAACCUUCAUCGUGAACACAGCGUUGAAAGAGCAGAUCAUGUGCCUCGUGAGGGACAUGCACACGUGUGCCGACCACAUCGUCGACCACUUCAGCGGCAAGCGCGAGCCGGACAGCUCGCUGCCGCCCGAGCUGCUCAUGAAGGACCCUGCGAAGCUGUGCGACGUUGUCAAACAGAGCCUCAGGGAGGCGGCAGUCGCUGGCGCCAAGCUCCUCAUCCUCUGCGACCUGUUCUCUCGCAAGAAGGGCGAACUAUCGCGCCAAGAGCGCCAUGAGAUCAUCAAGUAUGCAAAGUGCCGGUUGCCAAUCUUUAUGAGUCAGCUGCACACAUUCCUGGAGGUGUGCAAGCAGCACUGCAACUCUCUCUCGGCUCAUCAGCGGCACGAGAUCGCUGCUUACCUAGUGCCGGAGAUCGACACGACGCUGGACGCCGUCUCUCAGUUUGUCGUCGAGACGAAGGGGGCGCUGGAGCAGGUGAUAAGCGACGUGAACAAAGAGAACGUCUCUACGAUACCCGAGGCCAGCCGCAAGGGCGGGAAGCUCGGCGAGAUGCUGGGAAAGUCGCUGCGAAACGCUCUGCACAUGAGAGAGCUGAUGAAGCUGAGGAGUUUUCACGAGCGAGUCACGACGUUGGUUAUGAGUUUGCUGCAGCGAAAAGAAAACUUCAGCUUAAUGUCACACGACCAGAAGGUCAGGUCUGUUGCCAAGAACCUGGAGCAACUAAUCGAUGAGGUUCCGAUGUUUUUACUGCGGAUCGAGGAGCUCAUAUCGGCAUUGGACGAGAAGGUACAAUGGAGAGAGUGGAAGUAUCUGUUCAAGUUGGGCACAUCGAAGGUGGCUUGGGGUCUGAGCAAAGUUGUGAUGCACAAGUCCAUGCUGGAGAGCCUCACCCGGCGCGCGUGCGAGAUGGUCCACCGCGGCCAGUUCUCUCAAGCGAUGGUCGCACUCGGCCUGCUGGAGCCGAUGCAGAAGCAGGCCGAGGUGGCAGUCAAUAACCAGAGCAGCGUGAUAGCCGGUAGCAAGCUAGCCGCGCGCGGCGGCGGCGACCAGGCAACACACCAACAGACGAACAUCGUUGAGUCCCUCAUGCUACCCCCGUUGGCACGGCACAGCACUCUAGCUCAGCACACAGCACAGCUGUUUGGUAGAAACUACGAAACUGACAUGGUCUUUGAGGUCGUCUGCGUGCAGGACAUGGCCGACGUCGUCAUCGACCACACCCACGGUGAGCCGAUUGCUGCCAAGACGGAGAGGGAGCCUGAGGUCUCAAUGACUCAGAUUCCCGCUCAUCGAGUCAUCGUUGCCGCGCGCUGUGACUGGUUCAGGAGGGCGCUACUGAGCGGCAUGCGAGAAUCCAUAGACAAGAAAAUCAUAGUCCACGACACGAACCCGGAGCUUUUCAGAUUGUUCCUACAAUACCUCUACAGCGGUCAGGUGCAGACGAAUGACAUGAGCACAGAGCAGCUGGCUGACAUGAUGGCCAUCAGUGACCGAUAUGAGGUGAAGCAGACGCGCGGAUCUGCUAGCAGACAUAAAGGCAAAGCCAGUUCGCACACGACCAAUGUCUGCCGAAAGUAG